AUGCGGCGUGAGACUGUUGAAACUGUGCAAUUAGUUUUUCAGCCAUUACAAAACAGGGAGUCUUCUUAUAACCAUAAGUCUAAGUCCUGUAAAGGCAAUAAGUUGCACCAAAAUCAGCAGAAUAAAAAUUUUGGGGGUCAGAUUUCUAGUGGUCUUAAAAGAAUUAUGAAGAAAAAUGAUCAAUUCUUCUUUAUUAGAUAUGCCUUUGAAUUCUUGGUAGCUAAACUCUGGAGCAAGAGCAGUGAAGUUGCACUUAGAGUUUGGUUUUUCUCUUAUUUUGGAAGAUAUAGUUUUUGUACCUUGUUUUAUGAUUAUCGUUUGAUUGGGAAUGACCUUUUAUGUGAUGAUUUAUAUAAAUUAUCUUCAGCUCCUUUUGGUGAAUUCUCGUAUUUUACCAAUGUAUCAAAGAAAAGGGCUCUAAUUUGUGAAUCAUCCUUUAUGUUGUGGCAUAAACUAUUGGGUCACAUUUCUAGGGAUAGAAUGAAAGGAUUGGUAAAAGUUGAGAUACUUCCCCCUCUCGACUUUUCUGAUUUUGACACUUGUGUGGAUUCUAUAAGGAGAAAGCCAACUAAGUCUACAAGGAAAUGUUCCACUAGGAGUGAUGGUGUUUUGGACUUGAUACAUACUAACAUCAGUAGACGCUUGCCUUCCACCAUAUGUGGGAACAAAUAUUUCACAACUUUUAUUGAUGAUUUUUCACGAUAUGGAUGUGUUUACUUGAUUAACAAUAAAUCACAUGCACUUGAGAAAUUCAAAAUUUUCAAACUGGAAGUAGAUAAACAAUGUGGAAAAAAUAUCAAGGUGGUAAGAUUUGACCGUGGUGGUGAUUAUUAUGAGAAAUAUGACGAGUUUGGUCAAAACAUGAGUGAUUUUGCAAAAUUUUUACAAGAGUGUGGAAUAAUACCUCAAUAA